AUCUGUAAAAUGGCAGAUAGCAGUUGUGAGGAUCAAGAUAAACAUUUAUAUAAAGCACCUGGAACAUAACAGGCACAGAGAAAGGGAGGAAGGCUGCCAAGCUGCCCCUGCCCUGGGUCUCCCCACUCCUUUCUUGGCUCCGCUGUGAUCUCAGAUCAUUUUUGACCGUUGUUUAUCGGGGAAAGGUCACGCAGAGAGGCCAACAGAGCUGCCAGGAAGCAGCCUGGGAGGACCAAGGCUGGGGAGGAAGGAGCAUGGGCACGUUCUCGGCUCUGCUGGAGGGACCAGGGACCCACGGAGCCAGCCAGUCUCAGCACGCAUCUGCGCAGCCAUGGAGGCCCUGGGUGCUGGGGGCGAACGCGCCUCCCCAGCCUCGCCCACUCGCAGCCUGGACCUGCGGCGGCUGUCCACGCGCGCAGACUCGGCCUACAGCUCUUUCUCCGCGGCCUCUGGCGGUCCUGAGCAGCGCACGCCGUCGCCUGGGACCAACCUCCUUCCUUACCUAGACUGGGACUACGUGCGCGUGGUUUGGGGCGGCCUGGCCCCCGCCAGGCCCGACGCCGUCCCUCGCACGUCCCCGCUGCCCGGGCCCGCGGUCACUACGGGCAGUGGGCCGCAGCCGCCGGGGGUUCAGGGGAUCCCGGGGCCGCUAAACAGACAGGCCACCCCGCUGCUUUACGCGCUGGCGGCGGAGGCCGAAGCCGCGGCGCGAGCCGCCGAGCCGCCCAGCCCGCCGGCCUUGAGGGCCGCCUACCGCCAGCGACUGCAGGGCGCGCAGCGGCGCGUGCUCCGGGAGACGUCCUUCCAGCGCAAGGAGCUCCGCAUGAGCCUGCCCGCCCGCCUGCGGCCCGCAGCCCCCGCGAGGCCCCCCGCGGUGCACCCGCGCUCGGCCUCGCUGAGCCACCCGGGCGGGGAGGCGGAGCCGGCGUGCUCCCGGACUCCCGCGCCGGGAACCGCCGGCCGGGGUCUCCUGGCCAACCAGCAGCGGAAGUGGUGCUUCUCCGAGCCAGGAAAGCUGGAUCGCGUGGGUCGGGGCGGGGGGCUGGCGGGGGAAUGCACGGGUGAGGCCUCCUCCAGCUCUGGCCUCACCCGGCCCCAGCCCCAGGAGGUGCAGCAUCCGGUGCUGGCCGAGUUAGAAUGUCACGAGAUCAGAUGGCUGCCCAAGACCCAGCCCCGGAGGACAGCCUACCUGCACUCUGGGUCCUCGAAGCUCGCAGAUACCUACAGGCCUGGUCGGAGUCGGAGCGCUUCAGGCGAAGUCCUGGGUUCCUGGGGAGGCUCAGGAGGGGCCAUGCCCAGUGUCCAGGCUGUUCCCCAAGGAGCAGAAACCCCCAGAUCAUUGUUUCAGACCCAACUUUCCAGGUUCUUGACUCAGAAGGAGACUACAGUGGUGUGUCCUGCAGACGUCCCCCAGAGCGGCUCUGCCGACUGUGAGUCGAGGGUCUCAGAGACCGGCAUUGUGUCUGCCCAGCUCCCCUCUGUUUCUGUUGAUGAAGUGUUCCUGGAAGAAGCCCCGCCGGUCAGAAUGAGAUCGCCACCUGACUCCCAGGCCCCCGAAGGGCUCCCAACCAGAGUCCAUGCCUCUGACCAGCAGUGUGGAACUGAUUUGGGCCAAAGGGCUGGCCAGGCUAACAUCUCCCCAGAGCACCCCCUCCACGAGUACCCAGGGACUGCAGAGGCAGACGACUGCUGGCAGAGAGUGAAUGGUUCUGCAGAUGUUUCCAGGCCCACAAGCUGUAGCCCCCCUGGGACUGCAAAUGGUGACACCCCAACUAUUGACCCCACUGGACAGCUGACCACUGAUCCCCUGGCAGCUACAGAGAGUGACCUCCUCAAACUUCUCCCAGUUGCCCCAGGGCCCCCUCACCAUACUGCCCUGGCCUGGGCCACUGGCCAGCCUGGUUCCAGGCCAACAUGGCCCAGCCAGCGCCUGGAGGAGCUGGUUCAGGAGCUGGCCAGACUGGACCCCUCUCUGUGUGAUACUCUUGCUUUCCAGCCCAGCCCAGAGCUACCCCUAGGCCUGCUGGAUGGGCUGAUUCCUUUGGUGGAGGUCUCAGCUGCGGUGAGCACAGCCUGUGGGGAGGCUGCAGAGGAGGCUGCUGGUGCUUCUGAGCCGGGGUCCUAUCAAGUUAGCUUCACCCAGCUCCUGCCAACUUCUCAGGAGGAAACAAGGCUUGAAAACUCUGCCACCCACCCGGUGCCUGAUCAGCCAUCUACCGAGAGGUUCCCGGCACCAAACAACAGCAUCCAGGCCAAGAAAGUGGAGCUGGCCAGCCUCCUCCAAAAGAUGCUGUGGGACCUUCAUGCGGAGCAGGAGAGGCUGCGAGGGGCGGCACAAGCGUGGGCCAGAAACCAAGCGGCCCUGGAGGCUGCAGUGAGCCAGGCCUGUACACCCCCGCAGCUGGAGAGGUUCCGCCGGUUCAUGGCAGACCUAGAGCGCGUGCUUGGCCUCCUGCUGCUUCUGGCCAGUCGCCUGGCCCGCGUGCGCCGCGCCCUGGCCUGGGCGGGCUCAGAAGGCGACCCUGAGGAGCAGGCUUCUCUGCGCCAGCGACUCGGGUUCCUGCAGCGGCAGCAGCAGGACGCCCAGCAGCUGAAGGAGCACGUGGCGCGGCGUGAGCGGGGUCUGCGCGAGGUGCUGGCCCGGGCACUGCCGCUGGAGGAGCUGCGCUCCUAUGGUGCCCUGCUGGCCGGCAAGGCCGCCGUCCUGGCUCAGCAGCGCAGCCUGGACGAGCGCGUCCGGGUCCUUCAGGACCAGCUGGACGCCAUCAGUAGCGACCUUGGACAACAUUCCCUGUCUCCCAGGCCGGCCCAGGCCCCAGAGACCUGUCUUCCGGAUGAACAGCCCUCACCUCCUCCCCUUACCUAGUUAUGGGCGGUGGAGCGCCCCUGACUUUCACCCACAUAACCGGGUGAUGCUGGUUUAUUCGGUGCUUUUCUCUUGAGGGGGACACAGGCCAGACCUUCCCAGGACAUUCCUUCAAAGUGUUCUCAUGUGGCCUCACCCAAAUCUUGAGGGUUAUUUGGUAAUUAACUUAUGGGUCUUAAAAAUUGCAGUAUUACCCCGUUAUGUGAUGAAGAGGGGCUGUCAGGGUUGGAGGGAGGAGAGACAAGUCUGAGGAACACUUCAACUGAAAGUGCAAAACAGCCUUUUUUGUUCCUUCAAUAAAAAUUAGUAAGAAA